AUGCAUCAACACCCUCGACCUCCUCCCGUCAGUGCCUCCCCCGCCAACUCUGAACAAACAAAUCCCACUCGCACAAACAACCCGAGAGAUCGAGACGUCCAAACGCUCCGGACCACAUCUCCUCUCACUCAAGGCUCCGGUUCCUCGGAGGAUUUUGCAUCUGCUCGUCAAGAUUCACCCGCGGACAACCCCGUCCUCCAGAUGCAGAGGCUCAACCAGGUCAUCCAGAACUUCCACACCAAGUCUGCCCUCAUCAUCCUGCAGUCUCGAGUCGAGCUGGCCCCAGCCUACUCUAGGCAGACGGAUAACAAGAGGGUAAAUCGGUGGUUCAACCUCGACAUUGAUGAGACGGAUGAGUACAAGGACGACAUCAAGAGAUGGAAGACCUGCGAUGUCGAAUACAACCGGCCGCCGCCUUUGGUAAUCGAGAUCUUCCUAAGCACCGAGUCUCUACUUCAAGGCCAGCGGCUGGUGAUUGUAGAUGAAGAUGGCAAGAGAUGGGACGUCCUCAAUACCCUGCUGUCUGCUCGAAGCGGCUCUCGUUCAAACCAACGGCGGACAACAGAUGCCAACGAGGUGAUACUUGAGCGAUGGACAAUUGAUCUCGGCGAGGCGACGGCUCCCAUACCCCCAGAUCUAGCUACGCUCCUGCCUCUGGUCUACAAGAAAAGUAUCGUCUUCUUCCGCUCUCUGUACACCUACAGUAACUUCCUGCCCGCCUGGAAGUUAUCGAGGAAGAUUGGAAAGGGACGUUCUCACAUGGCGUUGAAGCUUGGGUAUCGGUUGAUCGACGGAUCACAAAUGGGACACUUAUCUCGCUCCGAUAAUCUGGGCACGCGACUCUUCGACAGUAACUCAGACGUCUUGUUUUCCUAUGACUUCGGGAUGACCGAGUCACCUGCCGGGCCCUUCUCGGUCAAAGUCGACUAUCGUCAAAACUGCGACUUUAGGAUAGACGACUCGGAGGAACUCCUGAGCUCGAGGUUUCUAGGAGCAGACGAUGAGCUGUUUCGGCCGUCCCUGCCGAGUGAAAGAGCGCUUCAGACCGAGAUUGGGUCAUUACCUGCACAUCGGCGUCAGAGUUCGAUUGAGCAGCGUGCAGAGCUAGGACACGCGUACGGGAGUUUGACAAGCUUCCAUCAAGCAGGCCUGGCACGGGGCACAGAUCCAAUUUCGGCCCUCCGAGAUGCUCAAGACUUCGAUGCCAGCCCACCCCCGACUGCUGAACCAGCUAAACCGCAGACGACCGCUACGCAGAGCUCCAGGACCUCGCUCAGAGCGGUGGCGGCCAACCGCAGAAGCUCAUUCUCCGUUCAACCAUUCAAGACUCCUACUUUGUCAGCGUCACCUCUCGGCGUUUCUCCCCUCGCCAGCUCGCCAAGGACUCACUCUGCGAGAGUACCUACCCUGGGAUCUUUGACGGAAGAAGGUAUCCCUUCACCAGCAGCUCCAGUUUCCCUCGCUGGGCGAAGGGCUGGGUCUCUUGCGUCGGAUAAUGCCGUUGCUUCGUCGGCGUCAAGCUCGCCCAAGCCUACCACAGUCAGGUACAGCAGCAGCUUCAGCCACAGACGAGCUCGUCUUUCCUCUGGGGGGACGACCACUCGCACUGACGAAGAUCAGACAAGUAGUGGUAGGGGAAGCGCCACGUCUUCUGCCCAACCUGGCUCGGGUUUGAUGGCAGAAGCAGCUCCAGCUGGUGGAAGCUCUGGGUCUAUGGGCGAUGAUGAUGGGGAGAAUAUUUCGUCUUUCUUGAAAAUGUUGGAGUCACGGAAAGAUCUUCUCGCUCCUUCAUCGACAGCAACGGCAGAAGCGCACACCAGGAGGACCACGGCCGCAUUAAACCGAUUCCAUAGGAUGCGAGAUUCAAAUGCUGUGCUCUCAGAUUCCAUGUCUUCGUCGGUCAUGAUGCAGAGAUCAUCGGUGUCUUCCAGUCGACAAUUAUCAGGCGUCCCGGCCAUGGUGGCCGGAACGUCGAUCUCCACCUCGUCUUCUCCUGGUAAACCGAUUUCUCCUCACACACCUCAUACGCCUUUCGCCCCCUCUCGACUAAGUGCUGCUUACAGUCACGACGACACUGACGAGCCACAUCGUCUGGCUGUCGAAGCACCUCCGUCUCCCUCUGAAGCUCCGACAGAGGAGACUGCACACGCGCAGUCUACAGCUAAUGUGCCCGCCAUCGACAUUCCAAACUCUCCCAGACCGUUCUUGAACUACCAGCGUUCAAGCUCUGCUCAACGCAGACCUUUGAGCUCAGACGACGAUAUCGUAUGGGAGCGGACCGACGAGGUCAUCACCGAGAGACGGCUGAGCGCGAUGAACCUGCCACCCAACCACAGACCUCAGUCCCGCGGACGUCAACCGGGUCUCCUCGACAGUCAUCCCAGGUCCAUCGUCCUUCAGGUCUCGCCACUGCCCUGA